CACCCUUCUGUCAAAUCGGGCUUCCGCUUUUUGACAACUGCCCCUCAGUUUUCCUUUUCAUUUCUUUUUCUCGUAGAAAUGCCACCCAAAAAGCCAACCGAGAAGUCCGCUAAGCCUGGCGACAAGAAGCCAGAGCAGAAGAAGGCUGCUGCGGCUCCCGCUGCCGGCAAGAAGGAGGCUGCUCCGGCUGCCGCCAAGCCAGCGGCUGCUGCUCCCAAGAAGGCUGCUGCCCCGGCUGCCAAGAAGCCCGCUGCCGCUGCUGCCAAGAAGCCAGCGACCGCUGGUGCUGCUGCCAAGAAGCCCACGGCCGUGAAGAAGACCGUGGCCACCAAGGCCAAGGGCAAGGAUGCCAAGAAGAAGAUCCUCGCCGGCAAGAAGCCCCAGUCCGUGCUGGCCAAGCUCUCCGCUAAGGCUCGUGCGGCUGCCAAGGCCAAGAAGGCUGUGAAGCCCGGCGCCAAGCUCGUCAAGGGAACCGCCAAGGCCAAGGCUGUGGCUCUGGCUAACGCCAAGAAGACCCAGAAGAAGAUCGUCAAGGGAGCCUUCGGCACUCGCGCCCGCAAGGUGCGCACCAAUGUGCACUUCCGUCGGCCCACGACCCUGAAGCUGCCCAGGAGUCCCAAGUACCCCAGGAAGUCGGUGCCCACCAGGAGCCGCAUGGAUGCCUACAACAUCAUCAAGUACCCGCUCACCACCGAAGCGGCCAUGAAGAAGAUCGAGGACAACAACACCCUGGUCUUCCUCACUCACCUGCGCGCCAACAAGAACCACGUGCGUGCCGCAGUGCGCAAGCUCUACGACAUCAAGGUGGCCAAGGUGAACGUGCUCAUCCGCCCCGAUGGCCAGAAGAAGGCCUAUGUGCGCCUGGCGCGUGACUACGAUGCUCUGGACAUUGCCAACAAGAUCGGCAUCAUAUAAGCGGUGCAAUCUGCGGUAAAGUGUGGAAUGGGCAUCGCGUUCUACAUUUUAUAUGUAGAGUCUUUUCUAUAAACAAAAUAUUGCUAAGCUGACACGGUAGAGCGAGGAUGAACGUUUCAAAGUUGUCUGGGUAUAAUAAAACCACUCAAAAACUAA